AUGGCCCCUUCUACUCCUACACCCAGCCCUUUCGCCGCCAUGAGGAACUUUGGUGGUAUGGUGUCAUCUGCUCUUUCUUUCGGCGACAGAUCUCGCCAAGUCUCCUCCCUCGGCCUCGGCACUCUCUCUCUGGGGGAGCCGUCUGGCGCUGCCUCGCCCCCUCGCUCCGCCUCUCCCUCCGCUGGUUCUCCCUCCCCCGUGUCUGGUUCUCCCGUCCCCGUAACGGGUUCUCCUGGAGGGCCUCCUCCUGCCGCCACUCCUCGCCGUAGGACGCCCGCCUUUCGUCCUGGUGAGUCUCCGUCCUCCUCCGACCAGGACUCGCUCAGUGGGGGCUCGGAGUCGGGUGAUCGACCCGACACCGAAGAAAGUGAGGAUGAUGAUGAUGGGGAGGGUAGGAUCGAUAGUGAGGGUGAAAGCGAGUUAGAAGAAUACCCGGAUGAUGAUGUGGAGGUGAUUAGUGUAGAGGACAACAACGUAGAUAGUCCUGAGCGUGAGUUCUUCGUCCAACCCCUCACACCUUCGCCGAACUUGGCCUUGUUUAUCUGUUCUUUAGCUCUCCAAGACAUUGCUAACUCGCAGCCGCUCCUGCCCCUCCCCCUGCUCAAAUUGUGGGCCAGAAACGACGCCGUUCCCUCUCCUCUUCUUCUUCUUCCUCUUCUUCUUCUUCCUCUUCCUCUUCCUCUUCCGGGGUUCUCCCCCCCCCCCAACGCCAUCGCCGCUGCCGCCGCUGCUGCUGCCGCCCGCCCUGCUGCCGCCAUCGCUCUCCCCCCCCCCAACGCCAUCGCCGCUGCCGCCGCCCACCCUGCUGCCGCCGCCGCCGCCGGUCCUGCUGCCGCCGCCCGUCCUGCUGCCGCCGCCCCCGUCGCUGCUCCCCCCCCUUCUCCCAGAGGGGAGCCUUCGCCCAAACGGGUGAAGAGAUCACUGCGGGAAGAAGAGUACUUGUGGGAGAAGAUGAAGUCCGAGCCUGGUCGUUGGAUCGCGGUUGGUGUUGACGAAGCGUGUGAUCGUUGCCGGUGA